AUUAAAGUAAAGCCAUGGUGCAAACAACAUCAGAAUUCAAGACCGAAUUUGCGGUCGAAAUGACCUGCGAGUCAUGUGUUAAGGAUGUGAAGAAGGUUCUUGACAGAGCAGAAGGUAUUAGUAACUACGACAUUGACCUUAAGGAACAGCGUGUUGUCGUUGAAGGCAAUGCACCACCAUCAACUAUCUCACGCCUGUUAAAGAGCACAGGCAAGAUGGUAAUCGUGCGCGGAUCUGGCGUUGCUCAGGGUGCACACUCCGGAGCAGCUGUGUGUAUCCUUGAUAUCAACCAAGACGAUCCUUUGGUUACUGUUCCUCCAAACAGUAAGAAGCCUUACGGCCUUGCAAGGUUCCUACAAGUGAAUAAUGACGUCUGUGUGGUCGAUGUAACGGUCCAGGGGUUGAGCCCAGGCAAACAUGGCAUCCAUAUCCAUGAAUUGGGUGAUACUUCAGGUGGAGCUACUACAACAGGUCCACAUUACAAUCCAACCAAUGUGGACCAUGGUGAUCAUGAGACGGGCCACGUUGGUGAUUUAGGGAAUGUGGAAGUGGAUGAAAAGGGAUGGGGCGAUCUCGUAUCGGAGAGCAAGCGGAUCAAAGUCUGGGAUAUCAUUGGACGAUCCAUGGUGGUGACCGAAAGAGGAGAUGAUCUUGGACGAACGGAAACUGGGCCUGCAGAGGCAGUAGCCAAGUCGAAAGAAGACGGCAACUCUGGAAAUGGUAUCAUUUGUGGUAUCAUUGCAAGAUCUGCAGGCGUGUUCGAGAAUGCAAAGAAGAUUUGUGAUUGUACUGGAACAACCCUAUGGGAAGAAGCACGUUUGAUGGCUGGGGCCGACAACAAUGAUUUCUUUUGACGCCACCAAGAAGAUGAUCAAGAUAGACGCGCUAACGCAAAAUCGAAGCUUUGAGUGCUCUAGUUGUAUCUGAUCUUGUAUGGGCUAAAAGGGUUAAAAUGUGUCAGUGACAAUAAAAUAGAAGUAAGGAAUAAAUAUAUUUAAAGAGAUGAAGGCAAACAAAAUAUCGAGAAAAUGAGAUGAGAUGGGGCCUUCAUCUAGGGCGCGUUAUCAACGAGCUCGAGAAUGAGAUGCGGGGGUUCGUGUGUAAGCAAACAGUAAUAAAUAAUGAACAGU